UUUGGAUUGAAUAAUGGAGACAAUGAAUUCUUUGACCCGGGUUUUAAUUGUGGCAACACUUGUGAUACUGUUGGGAUUAUUUGGGCGAUGUCGGCCACAGCACUGGAGACCACAGGGUCGCUUCGGCAAGAGAAUGGACACACACAAAGUACAAACCUAUUAUCAAAAAGUUUUGCCAGCCAGUCAACCAUCGAGAUAUCCCGCGUCUUUUACGGACUCGUCGGGGGACGGUGACGACCCUCCUAUCCUGCUGAUCGGUGAGGGGACGCUGUGUUUGAAAGUUGACAUGGAGGGAAAUUAUAGAUGCAUCAGUACGAAACGCAGAAUGAGGAAUUAUUACAGGACACACUAACACUGACGCCACGUUGUUACUAUCGUCACAGAUUCAUUGACGUCAUUCUUACGAAUGAAUGAAAACUCUCUACAAUAGAGAUGAUUUCCCAGUCUAUUAAUUGGUCCAAAAACUAUACGUACACUUAAAAAGAAGUUAAUUCCCAAUCUUCAGUAAGAGCAGUAACAGCGAUAACAUUUAUGCUUAAUGACUUAGCGUAAAUGGUGACUGUUGAGACGCAUCUUCAGAGAGCUAAGACUACAUAUUAUUACUAUUAUUAUUUCUAUUA